AUGGAGCUUCACGUCUGUCUGGCAGCCGUCAAAGGUCCCGAAAGUACAGAAAGCUUCAUUGAGGUCAUCCACAGCACCAAGAAGACCUCUGGCUCCUUACUUGAUCUCGCGAUUGAGCAGUUCUUGGAUCAUGACUGGAAGUACCGCGCGGAACGUGGCAGCACCUUGGCUUUUACUUCUGCUUCCAAGGGCGACAAGAGCAUCAAGGAAUCUGACAAGCCCCAGUCCUACGGGAAACCAUGGUGA